AUGGACGCCGUGGUGGUCCUCGUGGCCUUCGGCCUGCUCCUUCGCGUCGGAUCCGGGAGCCCCAUCGCCAGCCUGGAGCGGUCUCCUUUGGACCAGGAUUCGCCCCUCUUCGACGACGUCUUCUCCGAACAGGACGGCCUGGAUUUCAACUCCCUGCUCCUGGGCAUGAAGAAAGAGCUCCUGAAGGCCCUGAACCUGACGGACAUCCCCCACCCUAGGGCGGCCAAAGUGGAGCCCCCCGAGUACAUGUUGGAGCUCUACCACAAGUUCGCCGCCGACAGGACCUCCAGGCCGUCGGCGAACAUCGUGCGGAGUUUCAAAGACGAAGACCAGGCCCCGCGGCCCUCCGGGAACGUCGAUGGCCCCCGCCGCUACCCGCUGCUCUUCAACCUGUCCAUCCCGCGUCACGAGGAGGUGACCCUGGCCGAACUCAGGCUGUACGGCCUAGUGGCCCGCGACCGGCGGCCCUCCUCGGGCCCGGCCCGCGCGGCGACCGUCUUCGAGGUGCAGGAGGAGGCCGGGGAGCGCAAGAUGGUAGCCCUUCUCGUGGCGGAGGAGCCCUCGGGGACCGCCGGCGGCUGGGAGACCUUCGACGUGACGGAGGCCGUCCGCCGCUGGGGCCGCUCCGGGCCCGGGCCCCGCCGCCUGGAGGUCCGCCUGGACGGGGGUGGCGGUCCCUCGGCCCGCGGCGGCCCCCCGGGCCCCGACGCCGGCCACCGGCCCUUGCUGGUGGUCUUCUCCGACGACCGGGGCGGCGAGCGCAAGGAGGAGCGGGAAGAGCUGGAGGACAUGAUGGAGCACGAGCGGCUGCUGGAUCUCGACGGGCCGCGGGGCCCGGGGGAGGAGGCCCUCCUCCAGAUGCGCUCCAACAUCAUCUACGAUUCCACCGCCCGCAUCCGCCGCAACGCCAAGGGCAACUACUGCAAGAGGGUGCCCCUCUACGUGGACUUCAAGGAGAUCGGCUGGGACUCGUGGAUCAUCGCCCCGCCGGGCUACGACGCCUUCGAGUGCCGGGGCCACUGCUCCUACCCGCUGGCCGAGCACGUCACGCCCACCAAGCACGCCAUCAUCCAGUCCCUGGUGCACCUCAAGAACCCCCAGAAGGCCGCCAAGGCCUGCUGCGUCCCCACCAAGCUGGACCCCAUCUCCAUCCUCUACCUGGACAAAGGGGUGGUCACCUACAAGUUCAAGUACGAAGGCAUGGCCGUGGCCGAGUGCGGGUGCCGAUAG